CAACUAACGUUCGCUUCACUACUAGCUAGCAAGUCAAGCUAGCAAAUGUGUUUGUCUAUGCACCCCAGUCUAGCUAGCUAGCUAACUCAAGUCCCUACAUUCUCAGGAAUGAACCAUAAAAGUAAGAAGAGGAUCAAAGAGGCGAAGCGGAGCGCCAGACCUGAGCUGAAGGACUCUUCAGACUGGACGAAACAUGACUAUUGCGAGACUUUCGAUGUGUCACACCGCUCAGUGAAGGACAAUGUUGAGCGUGUGGACACCCUGCGUCUCAACGCAGAGGAGUUCAUCCAGCGCUUCGAGAGACCCUACAAACCUGUGGUGCUGCUCAACUGUCAGGACACCUGGCCCGCCCGCGAGAAGUGGACCAUGGAGCGCCUCAAACGUAAGUACCGCAACCAGAAGUUCAAGUGUGGUGAGGACAACGACGGUUACUCUGUGAAGAUGAAGAUGAAGUACUACGUGGAGUACCUGGAGUCCACACAGGACGACAGCCCACUCUAUAUCUUCGACAGCAGGUACUGGGGCUGAGGCAGGGAGCCAAUCAGGCUGGCCUGUCUCCUCUACAGUGCCAUGGUCUUAUGUUGCUCAGUGGGGAAAUGUUUUCUAUUCACAGUGAGAUGAUGGAUGGAUAGGUGUGCUUUGGAUUGACUUUACUUUGCAGUACAUGGGAUGCCAGUUGAGUUUUAUCAUGGCAGAUUUGACCAUCUUUAGAUAUUAAAGUGUACUGUGAGUUCUGUAAGUUGAUACUGUAUGACAGGGUAAGAGUGGAGGGAGAUGCUGCCUUCUUAGUCUGCAAAAAAGCCACUGAUUUAUAUUUUUUAUUUAAAAUUUCUGCUUUCAUCCUCUGGGCUUCUUUUGCUAGUAACAGUUGAACUGGCAUGCGUAUGUACUGCAAUCAAAACAGUUAAUUCAGUUUCAGUUAAUUAAAUUAAACGGUUAGCAAA